CUUCUGUCUUGCACAGGUGUACCGGCUCCUCCCCUUCAGUCUUGCACAGGUGUACCGGCUCCUCCCCCUCAGUCUUGCACAGGUGUACCGGCUCUUCCCCUUCAGUCUUGCACAGGUGUACCGGCUCCUCCCCUUCUGUCUUGCACAGGUGUACCGGCUCCUCCCCUUCAGCCUUGCACAGGUGUACCGGCUCCUCCCCUUCUGUCUUGCACAGGUGUACCGGCUCCUCCCCUUCAGCCUUGCACAGCCUUGGCCCCACCCCUUUCAUUUAUUGGAUUUCAGUUCUUUCCAUCGUGGAGGCUCAGCACCGCAAGUGGACAUUACCUAUGCAAAUACAGCCUGCCUAGGAACGCCCACUCCUCCAGAGUGACACCCACCCAUGGUAAUUUG